UCUUUCGCUAAUUCCCUUCUUCUUCUUCUUCUUUCUUACUCUGUUUCUUAAUUUUUACAGAAACCUUAAUGUUGUCUGUUUUUUAUUUGAAGUUCUCCUUCUUUAAUUCUCCAUGUUUAGAGAGGUUUGUGCUUUUCAAAGAGCCAUGGAUUUAGCCCUACCUCCCAUCACUACUACAACCACGGCUAAUACCACCAAAUCUCCCGACCCAGACUCCGACACUCCGACACGCUUCCCGCCGUCCUCUUCAGCCAAGUCGCUGCCUUUCACCAACGGCCUUCUCAAGCGCCACAACCACGCUCAUCAACCCACCCUCGUUGUUUCUUACAAAGAAUGUCUCAAAAACCACGCCGCCAGUUUAGGAGCUCACGCGUUGGACGGAUGUGGGGAAUUUAUGCCUUCCCCAUCUGCCUCUUCCAUUGAUCCCACUUCGCUCAACUGCGCCGCAUGCGGCUGCCACCGGAAUUUCCACCGCCGUGACCCAGAGGAUCCGAUCUCUACUUUACCAAUCAAUACAGCAACCACUCAUGUCAUCGAGUAUCAACCCCACCAUCGUCAUCACCCACCACCGCCCGGGAUGCGGAGUCCGAAUUCGGCAUCUCCGCCGCCGAUCUCGUCGUCGUACUACCCAUCAGCGCCGCAUAUGUUACUAGCGCUUUCCGCCGGGUUGUCGGCUCGUCCACCGGAAAUCGGACGCGCGAAAAAUUUAAACGCUCGGAAACGAUUCAGGACGAAAUUCAGCAACGAACAGAAGGAAAAAAUGCUCCAUUUUGCAGAACAAGUGGGAUGGAAAAUGCAAAAGCGAGACGAGGAUUUGGUCCGAAAUUUUUGCAAUCAAAUUGGAGUUGAAAGAGGGGUUCUUAAAGUAUGGAUGCAUAACAACAAGAACACCAUGGGCAAAAAAACUGAUUCCAAUGACACCACCCCCACACCCACCACAACCACCACCACCGCCGUCGUCAAUAUCAACAACAACGACGAUGAAGACGAACCAGACGGCGGCUUCCAUAUGCAUAUUGGAUCAAAUGGGUCAUCUUCUUCUUCUUGAUCUCUACUACUCCCUACUCUCCCAAGUAAUUAAUAAUAAAAUUGCAUCAUCCCCUGAUACUCAAAUCCAACCUACAUAGCUCUACUCCUUUUUUUCUUCUUCAUUUCCUCUGAAUUUAGCGUUGAAUUGUGAGCACCCGAGUAGAAACAGAGCAUGAAUCAUCAAUCCUUAUUAAUUACUUAUUUAA